AUGUCCCAGCCACCUGCGGGCCUCGACCUCGUCCAACUCGAUGGCAUACUCACAUUCCUCAAGGACCAGCUCCUCUCUGGGCUUUCUGGGCAGGCCGCUGCCUCGUCGACUCCUCCGGCGAAGGAUGACGACCCAGCCCCAGAAGUCGGAAUCCCCGACACCGGCCCCGAGGAAGCGCCUGACGAGGUGGACGAGAAGCCCAAGAUCAAGGGCCUCGGAGGGGUCGACUUCAAGACGACCAUGAAUCUUGAGAGGUACAAGUACAACGAGGAGCGCGACCGCGCACCACCAAAAGCUGUGGGUUUCGCCACACAAUACCGGAGAUGA